CUUCCCCCACCCCCAGCCCCAACCCAGCAUAGCACAGCACACCAAGGUGGUGAGAGCCGGGAGAGAGAGAGGGAGAUCCAAUCCAAUCCCCUUCCCCCCUCUCCUCGGCCUCCGCUGCUUCGAUUUGCUCCGGCGUGCUUGCUUGCUCGCUCGCUCGCACAGGGGUUUGGCGGCUCCGGGUAUUUGGUUGCUCGAGGGGAUCGAUCCAGAAUGGGCGCGCGACUGUCCAAGGUCACCUCCUGGUGCUGCUUCCGCGGGCAGCACCACGGGAGCACGCGGCUCGAGAGUACUGAUACUGUCGAGGAGGAGCAGGGGGAAGCGUACGAAUUGCCUGCGUUCCAGGAGUACUCCUUCGAGCAGCUGCGUCUGGCGACGGCAGGCUUUGCGGUGGAGAACAUCGUGUCCGAGCAUGGCGAGAAGGCGCCCAACGUGGUGUACAAGGGGAAGCUCGACGCUCAGCGCCGCAUUGCCGUCAAGCGGUUCAACCGCUCUGCCUGGCCCGACCCGCGGCAGUUCUUGGAAGAAGCUAAAUCAGUUGGUCAGCUCCGGAGCAAAAGGUUAGCAAAUCUGCUUGGCUGUUGCUGCGAAGGUGAUGAGAGAUUGCUUGUUGCGGAGUACAUGCCUAACGAUACACUAGCAAAACAUCUCUUCCACUGGGAAAACCAAGCAAUGAAAUGGCCCAUGAGAUUAAGGGUUGUUCUCUAUCUUUCUGAGGCUUUAGAAUAUUGCACCAGUAAGGGCCGUGCUCUCUAUCAUGAUCUUAAUGCCUACAGAGUUCUGUUUGAUGAUGAUUGCAACCCUAGGCUUUCAUGUUUUGGCCUCAUGAAGAACAGUCGGGAUGGCAAAAGUUACAGCACCAAUUUGGCAUUUACUCCUCCUGAAUACAUGAGAACUGGACGUAUCACACCUGAAAGUGUCAUAUACAGCUUUGGCACCUUGCUGUUGGACGUUCUCAGUGGGAAGCAUAUUCCUCCUAGCCAUGCCCUUGACCUGAUUCGAGACCGGAACUUUAACAUGCUUACAGACUCAUGUUUAGCGGGUCAAUUUUCAAAUGAGGAAGGCACUGAACUGGUGCGAUUAGCUUCAAGGUGCCUGCACUAUGAACCCCGUGAACGGCCUAAUGUGAGAUCUAUGGUUCAAGCAUUGACUCCUCUUCAGAAGGAUGUUGAGACUCCAUCUUACGAACUGAUGGAUAUGCCCCAAGGCGGUGCAUCAUCUAUGCAAUCAUUGACUCUUUCUCCUCUUGCUGAAGCUUGUUCCAGAAAGGAUCUGACAGCAAUACAUGAAAUUCUAGAAAAGACAGGGUACAAGGAUGACGAGGGAACAGCAAAUGAGCUGUCAUUUCAGAUGUGGACCAAUCAAAUGCAAGACACAUUAACCUCGAAGAAGAAGGGCGACAAUGCUUUUCGACAAAAGGAUUUUACUGCUGCUAUUGAUUGUUAUUCCCAGUUCAUUGAAGUUGGUACGAUGGUUUCCCCAACCAUUUAUGCUCGGCGUUGCCUGUCAUAUCUGAUGAAUGACAUGGCAGAACAAGCUCUCAGUGAUGCAAUGCAGGCUCUAGUAAUUUCUCCGACAUGGCCGACUGCAUUUUACCUUCAGGCUGCAGCAUUACUUUCUUUAGGCAUGGAAAAUGAAGCUCAAGAAGCACUCAAGGAUGGCUCUGCACAAGAGACAAGUAGCAGCAGUGGGCGUUGAAUGUGAACUGAUUUGUUGUCCAGAAAAUGCACAUAAUUUCAGGUGCUCGCUUGAACGAAACCAUUGGAUAUGGAAGCGACUGUUCGUCAUCUGUCAACUUGGCUAAUGGUUCUUCGACCUUCUGUUUUGCGUGUGCGAAACGUCGUCCCUCGUCCGUAUGUAUAUAUGGAAGAAUGCGACAGCAGAGAUCAGGAAAAAGAUGCCAAAAUACAUUGAAGGGCGAAUAAGUCCCGCCGACAGGAAUUUUUUUGGGAAAAGGAAAAAAAAUGCGUCCUGGUUCCUCCUACCGGAAAAAAGGAGGGAAAAAGAUUGUUGUGAAAAGGAACUGUUGUUGAUGUACAUCGUGCUGGUAGCCGUUUAAACCUGUACAGCAUCCCUUGUCUUUGUUCUUUUUUCAUAUUGGUAGCCUAGCCGUAGCCUCAUUGGUAUAUCUUGAGGGAAAAAUCGUGUGAAUUCUUUUCAGCGGCGUGAAAAUGGCAGUUGUCCAAGGGCUUCUUUUUUUCAUUUCUGAAUUUCGCGUGCAGACUUGGAUCUUGUGAUGAAACUGUAUCUCUCUUUGGCGCUGGUUUUCA